AUGGUGGAAGGAGGCAUAGUAACAAAAGAGAAAACAGAUUACACAGAAUGUUUCAGGGAGAUUAUUAAAGUCCCCUACAUUAUGAGGCUCGCUUUUUCUGCGGGUAUUGGAGGUCUCUUGUUUGGAUAUGAUACAGGUGUCAUCUCUGGUGCUCUCCUGUACAUUAGAGAAGACUUUCAAGAAGUUGAGCAUACAAUAUGGCUGCAAGAAACCAUUGUGGCUAUGGCAAUCGCAGGAGCUAUUGUUGGAGCAGGAACUGGAGGGUUUUUGAAUGAUCGAAUUGGACGAAAACCAACAAUGAUAAUAGCUGAUAUUCUCUUCUUUAUUGGUGCCAUAGUCCAAGCACUUGCUGUGGCUCCUUGGAUGAUCAUCAUCGGAAGAGUUAUCGUUGGUUUAGGUGUAGGAAUGGCGUCCAUGACUUCCCCUCUUUACAUAUCUGAAACCUCUCCUACUAAAAUCAGAGGUGCUCUUGUUAGUACCAAUGGUUUGCUCAUUACUGGUGGCCAGUUCAUUUCUUAUCUCAUCAAUUUAGGCUUCACCAGGGUCGCGGGAACAUGGCGUUGGAUGCUUGGAGUAGCUGCAAUUCCAGCAUUGGUGCAAUGCAUUCUGAUGCUGACACUCCCAGAAUCUCCUAGAUGGCUUUACAGAAAGAAAAGAAUUUCAGAAGCAGAGGAGAUUUUGGGAAGAAUUUACGGACCAGAGCAAGUGGAAGAAGAGUUAAGAGCUCUUAAAGCAUCAAUAGACAAUGAGCUAGAGCUAGAGGGUGAUAUGGCUGAAGCAAGCAUAUUUACCAAGGUUAAACAAGCCUUUGGAAAUAAAGUAGUCCGAAGGGGAUUAGCUGCUGGUGUGACAGUCCAAGUGGCUCAACAAUGUGUUGGUAUAAACACCGUCAUGUAUUAUAGCCCCACAAUCGUCCAAUUGGCUGGUAUUGCGUCAAACUCUACAGCAAUGGCUCUUUCCCUCAUCACCUCCGGCCUCAAUGCCUUAGGGUCGAUAGUCAGCAUGAUGCUUGUUGAUAGAAAGGGGAGGAGAUGCAUGAUGCUUAUUUCAAUGGUCGGGAUUAUCCUCUGUCUUACGGCCUUAGGCAUUGUGUUCAAUCAAUCUGCUGCUGCUGCUCCCAAGGUUAGCCUCGUUGAGAGCUCUCACUUCGGGGUGAAUGGUACUUGUCCUGUUUAUUACUCGGCUUCAAAUCCCCCAUCUUGGAGCUGCAUGACUUGCUUGAGAUCAACUAACAACCAAUGUGCCUUCUGUGCUAAUAAAGCCAAUGAGAGAUUUCCUGGAGCAUGUGUUGCAGCUACAGAUUUCACAAAAACAGCAUGCCACAGCGAGCAAAGAGUUUACUUCACACAGGGAUGCCCGAGUAAAAUUGGGUUCUUUGCAGUGAUUUUGCUCGGAUUAUACAUCAUCACCUACUCCCCCGGAAUGGGGACUGUGCCAUGGAUCGUAAACUCAGAGAUUUACCCACUUAGAUACAGAGGUGUUUGUGGUGGGAUUGCUGCAGUUUCCAACUGGAGUACAAACCUGAUAAUGAGUGAGACCUUUCUAACAUUGACACAAGCUCUUGGCUCCUCCGGGACCUUUUUCCUCUACGCAGGAUUGUCUUUCAUCGGACUCAUAUUCAUCUAUUUCCUAGUACCGGAAACCAAAGGUUUGCCAAUCGAGGAUAUAGAGAAGAUGCUCGAGAAGGGAUUCAAGCCUAGCUUAUGUGGGAACGAAAAGGAUACCGAGGAUACAGCUAAAGUAGCAGUAGUAGUUUAGCUAGAAAUAGUUCAUUGCAAACUGAUCCUGAUGUUUCAGCUACAUAAUCUGAAUAAGGCGAAUGAUUAUACAUUGAUUGUUUGUUUCUUUACAUUUUCGAGCAACUGUUUGUAUGGUUUUCAUGUAUAGAAUAGAGUAUUGGAUCAAAAUCGUCGUGCUUUGAAGGCCACAAACUCUUAAGUCUUAAGUGUAAAUUGGAAUUUUGUUAAGAAUUGCAGUAUCC